ACUUGGCAAGAUGAACACUCGGCUCCAUUCUCCUGGGAAACAAAGAGUCAGAUGGAGUUCAGCGUUGCAUCUCUGUCCAUACAAGAACAAGGCGGUGCCCAGCUGCAAAACGAACAGAGGCAGCCUGUUAAAGCAGCACCUGGUGUCCAAGUCCCUAAAUCUUCUCAGGCCAGUAAGACCGCUGGCUCUGAUGGGUUGAUAGCAUCCAGGAAGGAAGAGGAGUCCUCUUUCUGGAAGAUAAACGCAGAGCGCUCAAAGUUUGAAGGAGACAAGUCUGAGUUCCAGUCCCUGACCCCUAGCCAGAUCAAGUCCAUGGAGAAAGGAGAGAAACCCCUUCCCUCUUUUUACAGACAAGAGUCUGCUCCAAAGGAGAUGGCAAAAGCUGAGAAGCCCAGCAUAACUAAACCAGAGAAGUCUGUCACCCCCAGCCUACCUUCUGUAUCUCUUGAAUGGGAGAAACCUCGACCCACUCAACUCCCUGCUAGUUCUCUAGAUGACUUCUUUCUUCCUGACCCACCACAGGACCUGGCUUCUUCUAGGACAAACAAGGAAGAUUCUGAUGGUACCUUACUUACAGAUCCACAAAUGCCUGGACAAACUAGUACAAGCAAUGUUAUCUUGAAGACUGGCUUUGAUUUUCUAGACAACUGGUAAAAGAUACUUCAAAAUAGAUCAAACCAAUUUUGGGGAAGGAGCGGAACAUCUUUCUCCUUGUAUGUUAAUUUACUAGCGUUUGUGUCUUUUUCUAGAAGUAACUUUGAAACUCUUAAAUGUUGCCUUUGUAUAAACUUUUGUAAUACCAUAUGCGUUUUUGUUUUUUAAACAGUGAUAGAAAUGUGGUUUCAUUUGGAUAUUUUUUUAAUAUCUGUUACAAUUUUCAGUAGCUACUGUAUUGAGAAGAUGGGAGAAGUUACCAUACAUGUUAAAAAAAAAAAAAACAGAGAGUCUUCAUAUCCUAGAAAUGGAACCUACAGGACCAGAUUGCUGUUUUCAAUCGAAAGCUUGCUAGCAUGGCUUGUAAGAAAUAAUGUUGCACAUGCAAUGGUUCCAAAUAAGCAAAUAAUUCCAUACUUCAGAUAACUAGCAAAAACAGUAUGAAAAAUAAGCAUACAGAAGAAUUGCAUUGAUUUCUAUAUUUCAUUUAGUUUGAAAGCAACUUUUGUACCAUUUAUUUGAAAACACUUUUCUUUUGAAGAGGGCAAAGGCAUUGCCAAAAUGAUGGAUCCAAAGAAGCACUGUGUUCGUACCCUACAAAUCUGCUAAAAUAACAUAAGAGUG